UGCCCUGCAGGUCGGAUGGCCGCAGGGGAAGGGGCGUGGUCAAGCGUGAGCGGGAGACUACAUAUCCCAGGGUGCCGGAGGCAGGACUCCGCACCUGCGUACAAGCGGAGCCGCCCCUGGGGUGGGGGGAGGACCAAGGGGGAGCCGCAGGCCGCCGCCAUCUUCGAUUACCUGUUCAAGCUGCUGCUGAUUGGAGACUCUGGUGUGGGGAAGUCCUGCCUCCUGCUGCGAUUUGCUGAUGACACCUAUACAGAGAGCUACAUCAGCACCAUUGGAGUGGACUUCAAAAUCCGGACCAUCGAGCUGGAUGGCAAAACCAUCAAACUACAGAUUUGGGAUACUGCUGGUCAGGAGCGGUUCCGGACCAUCACCUCCAGCUACUACAGGGGGGCGCAUGGCAUCAUUGUGGUGUAUGAUGUAACAGAUCAGGAGUCCUACAGCAACGUGAAGCAGUGGCUGCAGGAGAUCGAGCGCUAUGCCAGCGAGAACGUCAACAAGUUGCUGGUGGGCAACAAGUGUGACCUCACCACGAAGAAAGUGGUGGACUACACCACCGCCAAGGAAUUUGCAGACUCCUUGGGCAUCCCAUUCUUGGAGACCAGCGCCAAAAAUGCCACCAACGUGGAGCAGUCAUUCAUGACCAUGGCGGCUGAGAUCAAGAAGCGCAUGGGCCCCGGUGCCACCACUGGUGGGGACAGACCCAACCUCAGAAUCGACAGCACUCCAGUCAAACCAGCGGGCGGAGGCUGCUGCUGAGGCCCAGGACUGAGGGAUAGGGUGGGGAGGGGAGGGGACCGUCCAACCCAGUGCUGUCCAGCACCCUCCUCCUGUGGAGUAGCAACUUUCCCGGAUGAUACCGUGCAGGGGGACGGGACCUCUCUGGUGGGGUGGUGGUUGUGGGUUUUCUGCCUGUGUUAAUUACUUACCCUUGUUGUGUGUGGUGGGGGCAGACCUGCAAGGUGUGCUCUCCCACCCAUGAGAACUUCCCUCUAUGCAGCCUCUUGCCUCGGUCCUUGGUGCCCGAUGGCUGGCAGGAUUCCUGGCUCCUUCUCGUGGGUUCUCUGCUCCCCUCCCCUUCCUGCUGGGUGCAUGGAGCUGCUCCCAUUUCCACCCCCAGCCUCUGCUCUCCUGCUGCCUGCAAGCCCCCUUCUCUCCAGUUCCAGGUGGGGAUCUCAGUUAGGGGGUGAGCCUAUCACAUCUCUUCCUGGGAAGGCUCCUUCCGGUUAAGCUUGAGCAGCUCUGCUGCCUGGUACCUGGUUUCCAUGGGACGGUUGUUUGUCACUAGCAAAAUAAUGGAGGUAGGGGCAUAGGCCCCUCUGAAAAGCUCAAGCUACUCACCACUGGGUUGUGCCCCCUGCCUCCACUCAGGGGGUCUGUGUUGGCCUGGUUCCAUGUCGUUUUUUUUCCAUUCCUCUUGCUCCCAGUGGCACAGACACUUCUGUUUAAUCCCCUCUGCUGCAACUUGGGGUCCCCUUUCUUCCCACGGCCUUGUUCUAGUUCAAUAUUUAUACCCCUGCUGCAGACCCUCCCACAGUGUCACAGAGUGGCUGUGACACAGGGCUGGCCCAGGAACGCUGAGUGGAGCCUGAUGCCAUCACUCCACCUUCGUCCCUUGGCUUCCUCACCUCGCCCGGCUGAGGCUGUCUCCCAGUGCUCCCCAGCCACAUGGGGCAGGCAGCUGUCCCUGGGCCACCCCAUACCAGGCCCACUGAAUGUAUUCAGGGUAGCAUGGACAGUCAGGGGCCUUAGAACUGAUCAGAGGCCUGUCGGCUGCUUGAGCAGCCCCUUCCCCAGGGCUCUUCCUGGCUCGGGAGCUCCCAGCACCUCAGCCCUCAAGGGGCUAAUGCACUGAGCAGCUGUCCUGUUCCCUCCAGCUGGGAAGCUCUUGCACUUUCUGUGGGGCAAGUGCAUGGGGGCUGGGGGCUCCCCUCUGCAGCAUCAGCCCUUCCCAGCAUGACCAACCCUCAGCCCUGGCAAGAAGGGGAAGCGGGGGCCUGAGUGCAUAUCCCUUUGCUGUGCCCAGCCUACCCCCACCCCCACUGCCUGGCCUUGCCUGGCCAUGGCCGUGUUUAGGGUAGUGGGAGGAGCCGGCUGGAUGGUUCAUUUGUUUGCUUUUUUUUUUUUCCACCAGUGACAUUAUUUAAAAAAAAAAUUGAACAAAAAAAUCCCAAAAUAAAGGUGAGUGCCUCUGCGGGGAGGCUCCCGCAGCCUGCACCCUUCUUCCUGUGAGCAGGCCUGCUGGGGUGUGCACCGCUAGAACGGGGGGAGGCACAUGGGCUGGGCCAGGUGCCCCCUCCGCCCUUGGAUCAGGCAGCCCUGGUACAGUGCAGGCACUGUUCAGCCCCCUCCCUAGGGUCCCCCAGCUAGACUGAGCUCAGCUGGGAACCUUCUGGCUUCCUUCCCCCAGUCAGCUGGGCAGGCAUUGUAUUGUUAGGACUGCCCCCCUCUUUCUCCACCCCCAUGCACUCCCUUUCCUGGCUGUGCACCUGCUAUUCCUGCCCCAUGGGGCUGCCCAGAGCUGAGCUCACCUGCCUGUGGCUGCCAUGGAGCACAGCAGUGUCCUUGUGCUGAGAACUCCCCUGCCAUUUUUGGAAGACUCAAAGCUGGGGGAGAGAGACUGCAUCCCCUUGACCCAGCUUUGGGGUCAAUUUUAGAGCGGGGCAGGUGUAUACCUGCCAAGGGGGCGGGGGGGGGCGCAAAAUCCCAGUUCUGGCCUAGACUGUUGCACCUGGCUACAGAGCUGGGGAUGUUUUGGGGCAACUAUCUCCCCCCUAGCAGUGGGGCAGCAUCUUGCAUGCUCGCUAGGGAUGACCCCUUCUCCUGCUUGUCAGGUGCCUAUAAUUCUUUCACUGCCAUGUGUGGCCCCGGGAGACUUGCCCCUGCUUCAUUGUGAGGCAGAGGACUGGAUAACUCGCCCCCUUUGGGAGUCCCCAGGGUUCUGGUGUCUGUGCUGUGGUGAGACCUGCUGGGGAUAGAUGUUACUGAAAGUGUGUGUGUGUGUGUGUGUGUGUGUGUGUGUGUGUGUAGAGAUGUGGCAGGAAUUGGCUCUCAGGCUUUGCCAAGUUGUGGGGCUUCAGGAGGGACAUGCAGCCCUCACAUGAACUUGCUAGAGGCUAUGCCCCCCGUUUGGAGCAGUGCCUAACUCUUCCUUGCAGGGACUAAGUCUUAGGCUGCUGCCAGGGUGACCUACAGAACUCUGGGGCUUGGCUCUGACUAGGUAAGAUUCCCCUUCAGCUACGCAUCUUGCGCUGUGCCCUCUGCCCACUAUGUGGGCUGGGCCUAAGGCUGUGUAUGGCACCUCUGCCGGAAGGUGGGCGGGAGGGGCUGUUUCCCAGGACAGGCCAGAUAUGCUUCUGCUCAUGUGUCUCCUGAGUUGGUGCACGGUGCACCAAGCAGCUUGCCUCUCUAGGUGGGCAUGGCCCAGAGGGCUGCCCUGGUGUGGUGCCUGGCAGUGCCCUCUCUGGCCUUGGGUUGGGCCCCCAGUCAGCCCCCACUGUGGUGUUGGCUUGGACCACAAUCUCUGCACCAAGCAUCGUAAGUAGGAUCCCUGUGCUGUCUGCCCUUGAGGGGAGGUGAGGCCCUGGCAUAUCACACCUCCCCCUGCCCUGCCUGCCUUGCUCUUGCUGGCUGCUUAACUGUAUCACACUGAUCUCCACUAGGGGGUGUGUGUGUGUGGGUGUGUGUGUAAAAGCUUGCUGGAGCCCCUGGCAGGUUCUUUAGUGCCAUGGGCAGGGGGGACAGUGUGCAACCCUAACCUAGAGGAAAUCACUGCACCCCUAUCUCCCCUAACACGGAGACCCAGUCCUGCCCUUGAUUGCUGUAGCAGUGUUUGGUGACUUGCUUCACUGUGGCAGGGGGCCAGGGCUGGUCAGCCCUGGAUUGGUGGCUGCCCCGAGCUUGGGAAUGAGCUGAGUGGGUGAUAGACCUGCAUCAGCCAGUGCUGCCUGGGGGCUGGGUGUACCUUGGGGUAGGGGUCCCCAUAUGUAACCUGUUAAGUGAGGUCUGGAAAAUGCACAUCUCAAGCUGGGCCCUGCAAUUGCUACUGAGAACUGUGGCUCUUUUCUUAAGGGUGGCUGUAGCUUAGCCCCCCUGCACUGCCAGGGCAAAGUGUUCACUUUGCACUUGCCUCCCCCAUCCCCCAGGCUGGGGGCUGGAUCUGCCACCACAAGCAGCACCAACUUGGGAGGAUCUGGGACAGGAUGUGGGGAAUUAGGGCAGCAGCUGGGGGGAGGGGCAGGGCCUUGCCCAGACAGGUACCUCAACUGUCUGGGAACUUCUGCUCCCAACUUAGGUCCCCUGGGGGAGGGAGAACUCGCAAUCCAGGGUCAGCCAGGCAGGAGCUGGGCUCUCUGUCCCCUGUGUGGGUGCUGCUUCCUAGCAUGGGGCAGAGAGCUGCACCCCAGCUGGAGCAUGCCUGUAUUUGACAGGUGCAUAUGUGCUGCUAACACUAUCUGUACCAAGGGCAAUAUUGGGGCACAGUCUCCCUGACCUGCAGAGGAAAUAACAGGUGCCUUUAUUCAGCACAGGUUCAGCCAAUGGUAGCUGAGGUGAGGGUGGGUGAUGCUGAGCCAUUGUGUCCCCCUCCCAAGAACAAUCCCCUAUUUUAAGCCCUUUGCUGUCAAGAAAUACCGGUAAGGUCACUGCAAGGGCAGGAGAAACAAGAGUGUGAGUUUGCCCAGCAGCAGGAAUUACCUGCUAAACAUACGUGUGGGUGCAUGCACACCCUGGUUGCUGUAUCUCUACAUAAGGUGAGGGAUCCCUGCACAAACACCCCCAUACCUUCCCCCUCUGCAGGGUGGCUGAAUCUCCACACCAGCCAAGGGCUCUUUGUAUAAUCAGCCUUGUGCCCUACCCCAGGGCUAGCUGCAUCCCUGUGCUGGGUGAAGAAUCCCUCCAGCAAUAGCCCAGCACUUGCCUCCCUGCCCCCUAGGGGUGGCUGUAUCUCAGCACUGAGCCAGGGCUCCCUGUAUAAACAGCCUGCCAAAGGCGUUGGGAUGAAAGGCUUUGAAAAAUGGAAAAUCUUGCUGUGAAAGUGUCUAAACUGGGGGUUAUUUCUCAGCAGAGCUGGGCUGUGUGAAGCUACGCUGUUGAAUCCUUUACUACAAGAAAUUCCUGUGGCCUUUUUGAAAAGUUCUGAUAGGGCUGUGGAUUGCACGGGGCCUUUGAAAUCAGGCUGCGGUAGCCCUAGGGCUAGGGACAUGCCUUUUGGUGUUCCAUGGAAGCUGGUGCCUGUCUGGCUGAGUUCUAAGCUUCUGAAAAUGGCCCUUUUCCCCCCUGUGGUUGCUUGAUCCAUCAGGAUUUUGGCAGUAAGACAAGGACUGUCAGCAUUCACCAGCCCUGGCUGGGGCCUCUCUGUGGCAUCUCACCUCUGCCCCUGGCUGGAAUGCAGCUACGAUGGAUCAUCUUCAGAGAACCCUUGGGCCCAGGAGAAUGGGUGCUGGGCUGGGAACCUGCUAUACUAGACUUGCUUAUUGGUUGCUGUUAAUUCUGUGUACUUCACAGCCCCUAGUUCAGCAUGGAGGGAUUGGGUACUAUCUCUUUAAACACAUGGGAGCAGGCCCACUGACAGCAAUUCUGGGCCUCAGGGCUUUCACGUGCCUGCCCGGUUGCCUUCGCCACCAUCUGUGCCACCCUGUGGCCUGCUUGGACAAUGGAAAAGGGCCUGGGGCUCCUGGGCCCUUUUAAAUCAUGCAGGGCCCUGGGCCUUUGCCCCCUCUGCAGCUCUGCCUGUGACUCCUCUCCUCAUGCUGGCCUUCUUCUGUUUCACACCCUGGCCAGACCAGCUGUGUGGCUGGAGCUAAGCCUGGUAUGUCAUGUGUAGUUAGUAAACAGGGCUGUCUGCAUUCAUGGUUCCUUCCUGUUACGCAGUUUGUGCAAAGAGCAAAAAUCACAGAUGUUUGUUAUUAAGGACCCACGGUGCGGUUACACAGCCUGCGAACGGUCCCCAGACUGCACUCCAUGCCCAUCAGAGCACCCCUGCACCAGCUUUGUGCAUAGCAACCCUCAGCACUGUACUGGGGCAUCAAAGCCAGCAGAGACUGCACUGAGCAAGCCGCCGGGCCCUGCUCCCUCCAGUACAGCGCCCCCUGGAGCCAGCACUGACUUUAAGGGGAGAGUGCUCCCUCCUGAGUCCCUGCCCUUCUCCCUGCAGUACAGUGUCCUCUUGCUCCUUACUGAGCAUUGGGGUCAGCACUGACUGGGAAGAGAGGGGUGGUGCUAUUUGUUAUGCUAGAGGCUGGUCGCAGGGGAUAACAACCUUCUCUUGCUGCUGGUUCAAGUGGUAGCAGGCUGGGUGACAAUGCUGAAGGGACUGAGAGAGCCAAAAUCCUGUGGAGGGCACACAAUUGAACAGUUUAGGGUUGCACGUGAGAAUUUUUUUUUCCUUUCAAAAAUAACAACUUAGGAAACUGCCUCCCCCUCUCCCCCACCAUUAAAGGCAUAGGAGCUAGGCUGGGAACUCAAGCAAAGGCUGCCCCAUUUACUCUGCACUCUGCCUGCCUGUGCCAAUGCACUGAGGUCCUGCUUUGACCAUGUGGUCACAGACUGCGCCACAGGUGCCAAGCUCACACCAGCAGUUGAUCCUGUGGCUUUAAAAAGAAUCAUUUGGGAGGUUCGGUCUCUUUCCUCUCACCUCCCUGAACCUUUCAGGGUCAUGUUUGUAAACUCUUCUCUGCUAAAAACUUUUACACCUUGCAAGGUGACAUUCUCCCAGCUUGUUGUGAGUCCAGGAAAGGUGCCCAAUAGUGUGAGAUUUGGGAUAGACUCCUGAGAGGGGGCACCACUGGAUAUUUGCCCCAGGGCCCUGCCUCGCUCAUUGCUUGGGAUGGCUGGUAAAUGUGGCUGGUAGCAGUUCCUUUCUCUACCAUGUAUGUUCCCAUCUCUGUGCACUGGCAGCUCCUAGGCCCAAGGGCAGAUCCAGGCUCGGGAAUCUCCCAGAGAGUUGCUUGAAAUUUCAAGUUUGGGGGAGGGAAAGAAAUGACCUUUCCUGGGGGAGGAGGGAUGACAUAUUUCUCUCUCACACACACACACCCCUUUGUAGUUUCUCAAGUAUUUUCCCCAAAAAUUUUAUCCAAUGUUUUAGCAGAAAUUGCAUUUUUCCCUUCACCAACCCCCCUAGAUCUGGGUCAAAACCCCCAAAGCAAUGAUAAAAGUUUUGAUUGGAAAAUGGGACAAAAAUAGGGGCCCCUUUGAACCUCGCAAAAUGGGAAAUGAUCAAAUUUCCCGCUCCAUUUCUGCAGCGUUCCCCCCCCCCCAACUCUGAACCCCAGCAAUUGCCUCAUCGCUCUUGGGUCCUUUUUAGGGGGAGGCCCAUCAGCAUGGCAUCAGGGUACCUCACAGAAUUCAGUGUGCUUAGUCUCUCACACUGCUGGGAAGGAUUCUUGGCCAAAUUGUAUCGAUGGGAAGCUGAGAUGCAGAGACAUUCAGUGACUUGCUCAUGGUUGCCCAGGGAUUGGGAUCCAGGUCUCCAGGGGCUUAGGCUGGCACCCUACCACGUUGCCUUCCCAGGAGAGUGGUGUGAUCCCUGUUUUACAGAAAGGGACCUGAGAUAGUGACUCUGCCAAGGUCACACAGUGAGCGAUGGCAGAUGCGGGAUUCAAACUCAGCCUUGCAGACCACAGGGCCUGACAGCUAGAGCAGCCUCAGCAGUGGUGAGUGCUCAGCACUUCUGCAAAACAGACCCCAGGGGCUCACGUUAGGCCCCAGAAGAACACACAAUUAGUGACCACUGGUGAGCAUUUUGCUUUAAGUGACUUGCCAGGUGCCAGAGAGGCAGGGAUAGAUUCCAAUUCUCCAGCUCCCUUAACCAUGAGACCCUCCUUUCUCUCCCUGCAACCCCCUGCCUCAUUCACUGCUCACCAGCCAAAUUCUGCAAUAAAUGAGGCAGGGUCCAGAGACGGUCCAGCUUGUGCACUGAAUGAGGCAGGGGUGUUGUGGAAAAACUGUGAUAAUGUCAUUCAAACCUGUGGUGUGAU